AUGGAGAGGCAUGAGGGUGAUGUCCAAGUCCAAGGGCAGGAAAUCAUCGAGGAAAGGCUAGAAAUCGCCGUUAUUCUAGUCCAGGGGAGUGCAGCCCGAGUGCAAGAGACGACGACCAACACUACCAUUGUGCAUCUCCCCAUGUACAUGAGGGAGGCGAACAAGGGCCUCUUCGAGCCUAGGGUGGUCGCCAUCGGCCCCUACCACCAUGGCCACGAGAGCACCAUCGACAUGGAAGCUCACAAGGAGCGCUUUUUCCAUGGCUUCUUUGAGCGCCUGGGCAAUAGCGUGAACCAACAGGACCUGACUGCUGAGUGCACCAAUGGUGCUCUCCAGUGCUAUAGCGGGAAUGUUGGCAGGCUAUACACCACGGAGAAGCUCAUGCGCGACGGCUGCUUCAUCAUCGAGCUCCUCUUGCAGUGGAAGGAGGGGGAUGGAGCCCAUCUUGAUAGUCACAUGCGAUUGAUGUCCAACAGCAUAUACUAUGACCUCCUCCUGGUCGAAAACCAGAUACCUUUCAUGGUUCUCGACAAGAUUUUUGAGAAAUUCAGGAGACACAAUAGCAAACAUCCUAUCUUCAAAGACACCUGGUUGGUUAACCUCAUCAAGUUCUUUAACCAGGAUGGUCAAUUUUCUUGGGCUUAUACAAACCUAUCCGAAGAGGAUCUAUCUAAUGCCAAACAGGUUCGUCAUUUGCUUGAAAUUCAGUACAACCUUGUCAUCCGCAAGAACAAUAGGAAUAAUAAUAAUGAGCAGAAACAUGAUAGCAUUCCGUGCUUGUGUGGCAACAUCUGUCGCAAAGUGAAACCUACGCCUCUUGGAAUCCCUGGGGCAAACGAGCUGCAAGACUAUGGCGUUAAAUUCCAUGUGAAGGAGAAUCAUCAACAGAACACCGACAUGUUUGAUGUGACAUUCUCAUCCAAAACAAUGGCCAUCCCUCGCUUCAAGAUCAACUUCGGCUCCAAGAUCCUACUGGCAAACCUCUUUGCAUAUGACCAAAUUGUGAGCCAACCGGCAGGGAAUAAUAAUUGUGUUAGCGUUGGACCCGUAACGAGCUACGUGGUGCUCAUGAACGCGCUAAUCAACACCAAAGAUGAUGUCGUGGUUCUCCAGCGGGAGGGCAUCCUGGACAACCUGCUGUCAAACGAGGAAGAGGUGGCCACCUUCUUCAACAAGCUCGGCAGGUGUGCCUUGGUGGAUGUCAGCCAUCACCGUUACACAGCCAUGUUCGAAGAUGUGAAUAGAGUGUUCCUUGCUCAUGCUAACGACGAAGAUUAG